CAAAAAAAAAACAUUAAUAAUUUAGUAACGUAACUAAUUGAAAUAACGUUUCAUUGUAAUUAUUUUAAUUCUCGUAACAAAACCUUUUUCAAACGUAUUAAGAUAUACUAGGAACGUAGCUGAAAUGCAACUCUGUCAUAUAUAAAAUGGCAGCACCGUCAAUUACUGCAAAAGUUUGACAACUUAACAAGUCGAGAAAAAUGCUCUAUUUAAGCGUUGUCGCAUAAUUGUGUACUAAUGAAAUAAAUAAGAAUUAAAUACAUUUAACAAUAAUUUAAGCAUUAAAUUACAAUUGUGAUUAAUUUUUAUGUGCAAGUGUUAACAACAGAAUCAUUUAUUUUACGCAAACUCCUUUGUCCGUUUCAGCACUGCCACAUUCUUUAUUAUAUUGAAAUAUGUUCAAAAUAACUGGUGAAAGUAGUCAGACUGCAACUAAUAAGAUGGCAGUAUCAAGUACAGCAGUACAAUCAACACAGCAGAUUCCGAGUGGUGCAGGUAUUGGGUCUGCUAUUAUAUUUUCUUCACAAGAGUUGGCUGUGGAGAAUGUAAUGCCUGGCAUUUAUUUGACGAAGAACUUCAUAGCUUGGAAUGAACAGAAUCUCCGAACGCAUGGUUUUACACAUAUUAUUAUAAUUGACAAACACAUACAGGAACUUUAUUAUCCAUCGCCAGUUUUUAAGUUAAUCACGCAGGAAGCAAAUGUCAAUUUCGAUCCAUAUAAUGAUUCGGGCUUUGAAUACUGCAGUUCAUCAUCGACUUCCUCAUUAAGCUUUGGGAAAGAAUUUGAAGCGAUUGACUUAAAUUUCGGUGAAAAAUCUUACUUAACGACCGUCUUGCCAAACUGUUAUCGUGCUGUUAAGUUUAUUAAUAAGGCACUCCAAAGAGGUGGUACUAUUUUAGUUAUAGAUUGCAACGGCAGCGAACAGAAGUGUUUGACUAUUAUUGUAGCGUAUUUAAUGUAUAAACAUAAUAUAAGUUUCAGUGCUGCUUUUUCGCGUUUAAAAGAAUUUUAUAAUAAAGCUGAUCUUGACCGAUUUUACAUAAGUCAAUUGUACGAAUAUGAACCAAUAUUGCAAGUACAACGCGCUCAAUCAAGAGGACAAAGCUGUUCACGCGAGUUACAUUCUGCAAUAUUAAAACGUAAAAAAACUACUGAUGAAGAAAUCAACUAUGACACAAAUGAGUUUUUAGAUUCAUUUAAUCCACUUUCUCAUUUCAAUCCAACAACAACCACAACAGCAACAACACGAACACAAACAUUACUUGAAAAACUCAAACACAUUGAGAAAAACAAAAAACAAGUCAGCAACAUUGAAUUACUCGGGCGACAACAAUCAACUCAACAGCAGACGCCGCCAGAAGUAGUUAUUAAAAAACAAGCAGAAUUUCCAACCAAUCAAAUGAUGUGGGAUGAAUAUGCUAUGGAGCAGUAGUUAUAUGAGUUUACUUCGUAAAAGAAUUCUAAUUUUUAUUAUGCAUUAUAAAUAUAUUUAAGUAAUUUUAGAAAUUUAA